UAAUCAGUAAACUUUAUGGUUAGAGAUGAUGCAUCUUAUCUGAACUUGUGUUCAUCUCCGUGAUGGACCUUCUGACCCUUUUCUCGGAGAAGAACCCAGCCUUGAGCACCAGGCCAUAAUCUGACGUCCCGAUACGUCACACUCCUGCAGCACUGUAGUAGGUUUAGAGAAUUGGUAGAUUACAGUUCAGUGUAGAUGCUGAAGGAGCUGUGAGAUCAGUGAUUAGAGAGAACUCCACCAUGCUGAAAAAGUUGCUGCUGUUUGCUCUGGCUGGAGCGGCCGUCUUCACCGUCGGGAUCCUGAUCGGACACUUCGGGAUCGAACAGAAGAACUCGACCCCGUUACCCGAGUGGGUCCAGCAGGUGGCUCAGGAUGUGGACGAGAACUUCAUUGAGGACUUUAUCGCUCAGGUGGACAGCAUGCAGAUUAAAGACAACCUCGAGAUCUUGACCCGUGUUCCUCACAUGGCCACGACAGCUGGAGAUGAAGCCACGGUCGAAUUCAUGCUGAAGCGCUGGCGGGACAAAGACACGGGUUUGGACGCUGCAUGGAGGGAGGAUUACACCGUCUAUCUGUCCUUCCCAGAUAAAACCAAGCCUAAUAACGUCACUGUGGUGAGAGGUUCUGACGUGUUGUACUACAUACGGGAAAAGGAGAAAACCUACUUUUCGGAGCAGGACGACCCGGAAGUGGUGCAGCCGUACGCCGCAUUUGGACCGGCGGGAAACGUCAAGGGAAAGCUGGUGUAUGCCAACCAGGGGAAAGUGAGCGACUACGAGCUUUUGAAUAAAACCCUGGGCGGCUUGAUUGGAACGAUCGCCAUUGUCAGAUACGGAGGAGCGGGAAGGGUUGACAAAGGCAUCAACGCUGCCCCAUUCGGCGUUGUCGGGGUGCUCGUCUACACAGACCCCCAUGACAUCAACGACGGAAAGAUGUCCGACGUAAAUGAAACAUACCCCCACUCGUGGUACCUCCCGCCCUCAGGGGUCGAGAGAGGAAGUUUUAAAACAAACUUCGGAGAUCAGCUUACCCCGUACCUGGCUGCCAAAAAGGACACGUACAGAAUCGAAGAGAAGGACAUCACCGGGGUUUCGCCCAUUCCCAUGCAGCCAAUAGGCUUUGAAGAUGCUCAAAUGCUAAUAUGUGAGCUCACCGGAUCUGAGGCUCCUGAAUCCUGGCAGGGAUCAUUUCCUUGCAAGUACAACUUCGGUGGGCCGGGAUUCAAAAACGCAUCUCGUUUUCAAGACUGUGAUGUGAAGCUGGAUGUGUACAACAAGGCAGGAUUAAACGACUCUGCGAAUGUAAUGGGAGUGAUCUGGGGCAGUGUAGAGCCUGAUAGGUACGUGAUCUAUGGGAACCACAGAGACAGUUGGGUUCACGGUGCCAUUGACCCCAGCAGUGGGACAGCUGUCAUGCUGGAGAUCACCAGAAUCCUGGGCCAAAAGGUCAAGACAGGAAAAUGGAGGCCUCGGCGAACGCUGAUCUUCGGCAGCUGGGGGGCCGAGGAAUUCGGUCUGAUCGGAUCUGCCGAAUACGCUGAGGAGUACAUAAGCAAACUGAGCCAGAGAACAGUGGCUUAUAUCAAUGUGGAUAUCGCCGUGUUCGCAAACGCCACCCUGAGAGCCUCAGCCAGCCCCGUAGCGCAAGACGUCAUCUUUACUGCCUCCAAACAGGUGAAGAUACCUGGACCGGAAAGUAUAUCCGUCUACAGUAACUGGAUGAAACAUUCAAACCGGACGAGUCCCACGUACGGAGUCAUCCCCAAUAUGGGAUACCUGACAGGAGCAGGAAGUGACUAUGCUGCAUUUAUGCAUUACCUGGGAAUAUCCUCGAUGGACAUCGCCUACACCUACGACCGGAGCAAAACCAGUGCACGGAUCUACCCUGCGUACCACACGGCCUACGACACCUUUGACUACGUGAACAGAUUCAUUGACCCAGGCUUCACGAGUCACCAGACGGUAGCGAGGACAGCGGGGAACGUCCUGCUGCGACUGGCCGACAGCAUUCUGCUCCCGUUUAAAUGCAGCGACUACGCCGAGACACUCGAGCAGUACCUCAACGUUUCGGUGCAGAACUUCGAAGCUGAACUGAAGAAUAAUGGCAUCUCCAUGGAUUCUUUGAAGGAAGCAGUGAAGUCUUUUCAGGCUGCAGCACAGAGUCUGGAGAAGAUUAUCAGCAGUUCUGACGUUUUGAACAACUCGCCGCUGAAAGCUCGCAGGAUCAAUGACCAGCUCAUGCUGUUGGACCGAGCCUUCCUGAACCCGCUCGCCUUCCCUGACAAAUACGCAUUCAGGCAUGUGAUCUGGGCGUCGCGCUCCUCGAGUGUGGCCACGUUUCCAGGUGUGGCAGACGCGGUGGCGAAAGCGACGAAGAGCGGCCUGAAGCAGGACUGGGCUCAAGCGCACAAACAUCUGUCCAUCGUCACGCAGGCCAUCUCCGGGGCGGCACACACUCUGACCGAGGCUCAUUCGGCGCUGUGACACUGCGGCAUCACGGCAGCACACGACAAAUAUCAACCUUUUGUAUACGGUCGAGAAGAAGCAAAUAAAAGCGCUACACAGCAGACAAAAACAC